CCCGGCUUUGGGGGGCGGGGCUCCUGGCAACAGCACACUGUGCGCGUGCGCAGAAGCGACCUCCACCCUGUGCCAGGUGGUGGGGGGGGUAGGGUCCCGUGGCGCCCUCUGCGCCUGCGCCCGGGCGCAAGGUGGGGCCGCAGGCGCCCGCAUUUUGGGGUGUGCGCAAGGGUAGGGGGCAACGGUCAGCUGUCACCCGGAGGCGGGUGGUGGAGGGAUGGCGACGGCCUCUGGAUCCUCGGACUUGGCCGGCUCCGGAGCGCCCCCGCCUGGUGGGGGAGCCCAAGCGGCAGCUGAGGAGGAAGAGCGAGAGGUGGUGCGGGUCCGAGUCAAGAAAUGUGAGAGCUUCUUGCCACCUGAGUUUCGCUCUUUUGCUGUGGACCCCCAGAUCACCUCACUCGAUGUGUUACAGCACAUCCUCAUCCGAGCCUUUGACUUGAACGGGAAGAAGAAUUUUGGUAUCAGCUACCUGGGCCGGGAUCGGCUGGGGCAGGAAGCUUAUCUCUCACUCCUGUCUGACUGGGACCUCAGCACGGCCUUCGCCACCGCCUCCAAACCUUACCUGCAGUUGCGUGUAGAUAUUCGGCCCACUGAGGAUAGCCCACUGCUGGAAGACUGGGACAUAAUCAGCCCCAAGGAUGUCAUUGGCUCCGACAUGCUGCUGGCUGAGAAGCGGUCAUCGCUGACGACAGCUGCCCUGCCCUUCACACAGUCCAUCCUCUCUCAGGUGGGCCGCACCUUGUCCAAGGUCCAGCAGGUGCUGAGCUGGUCAUAUGGGGAAGACGUCAAGCCCUUCAAGCCUCCCCUAAGCGAUGCGGAGUUUCACACAUACCUGAACCACGAGGGCCAGCUCUCACGCCCCGAGGAGUUGCGCCUGCGGAUCUACCAUGGUGGUGUUGAGCCCUCCCUGCGAAAGGUGGUGUGGAGGUACCUUCUGAACGUGUACCCAGACGGGCUGACAGGCCGUGAGCGGAUGGACUACAUGAAACGCAAGAGCCGCGAGUAUGAGCAGCUCAAGAGCGAGUGGGCCCAGCGAGCGAGCCCCGAGGACCUGGAGUUCAUCCGCAGCACGGUCCUCAAGGACGUGCUGCGUACCGACCGGGCCCACCCCUACUUCGCAGGGCCCGAGGAUGGCCCACACCUGCGGGCUCUGCACGACCUGCUCACCACUUACGCCGUUACCCACCCACAGGUGUCCUACUGCCAGGGCAUGAGCGACCUGGCCUCGCCCAUCCUUGCCGUCAUGGACCACGAGGGCCAUGCCUUUGUCUGCUUUUGUGGCAUCAUGAAGCGCCUGGCUGCGAACUUCCACCCUGAUGGCCGCGCCAUGGCCACCAAGUUCGCUCACCUCAAGCUGCUGCUGAGACACGCCGACCCUGACUUCUACCAGUACUUGCAGGAAGCCGGUGCUGACGACCUCUUCUUCUGUUACCGCUGGCUGCUGCUCGAGCUCAAGCGCGAGUUCGCCUUUGAUGACGCUCUCCGCAUGCUGGAGGUCACCUGGAGCUCGCUGCCCCCCGACCCUCCCGAGCAUGAGGUAGAGCUCGUGGGCCCCCCCAGCCUGGUGGCAGACACUGGCUUUGGGGGCCACAGGGGACGGCCCGUGCGGCAGAGGCACAUGCUGAGGCCCGCCGGUGGAGGAGAUGGUGCUUUUGAAGAUGCUGUUGACCACUUGGCCACCACCAGCCAGGGGCCUGGUGGUGGAGGGCGUCUCCUGAGACAGGCCAGUCUGGAUGACCUCCAGCAACUCAGGGAUAACACAGGCCCCAGGAGGGACCUUCUGGUCCAGCUGCCCCACCCAGCUGCCCUCAUCAGCUCCAAGUCUCUCUCUGAGCCCUUGCUGAACUCCUCAGACCCACUGCUUUCCUCCUCUUCCCACCCUGAUUCCCCAUCGUCUUCAUCUCCGCCAUCCACCCAGGACGCCUCUCCCACUGGUGACAUGGCUGCAGGAUCCCCCUUGAUGCCAGAGGUGGGCUCCCCACAAGACCCUGGGAAGUCCCUGCCACCCCCACCCCCACUGGCCCUGCCCCCGCCCCAGGAGUUUGGCCGAGGGAACCCAUUCAUGCUUUUCCUGUGCCUCGCCAUCCUGCUGGAGCACCGCGACCAUAUCAUGCGCAACGGGCUGGAUUACAACGAGCUGGCCAUGCACUUUGACCGCCUCGUGCGAAAACACCACCUGGGGCGCGUCCUACGCCGGGCCAAGGCUCUCUUCGCUGAUUACCUGCAGUCAGAGGUGUGGGACUCAGAGGAGGGGGCCGAGGCCACAGCCCCAUCUUGAUCAGACUCCCUCCAGCCCACUAUCAGCCCCACCAGAUAUCCGUUCUUUGCCAAGAGGGCCUACACAUGAGACCCCGCCUCCCUGCCUGCCAGCCCUAGACAUGUGGGAGCAUAGUGCCCUCUCUCCCCAGGUCUGAGAGUAUGGGGCUCUGCUUCAGUACUGCCCCAUGGCGACCACGGCCUCUUUUUUCUGUUUUUGUUGUUUUGUUUUUAACAAUUGUACUUUGCACACAUGAA